GUAAUAAUAAAAUUAUAAUAUGGUCUACUUUUGUUCUGUAUUUGGAUGUUCAAAUCGUUCAAAUCGUGAAAAGGGAAAAUCUUUUUUUCGUUUACCAAAAGUAGCUUGCAAUCAAGGCGAUGAUGGUAAGAUUUUAUCAAAAGAACGUAGAGAAAAAUGGAUAAAUGCCAUAAACAGAGUUGGUAACUAUCCUGAUAUCCUCCACACUCAAUUUGCAGUGAUCAUUUUAUUACAGGAAAACCUGCUUCUCUUUUCUCACAGAAUGAUCCUAAUUGGGUUCCAUCCUUAAAUAUGGGGCACAAAAAGUUUAAGUUUGAGGUUGAGAAACCUAGAGAAAGAUACUUACGACACAAAAAUUGUUCAUUGUUAAAAAGUCGAAAUGAUUCUAUGUCUUGUAGAAACAGCAUCACUAUUUUAAACCCUUCUGAAGAUUCAAUCAUAGAUUUUCAAAUAGAGAAUUUUAAAAGGAGUGAAUCAAUUGUCUCAGAAAGUGUUACAAUAGAUUGUGAAAACUUAGUAGAUGCGAGUGUUCAAACUGAUAUGACUGUCAAAAAUAUCAAUCAAAUAGAAACUGAGUUUAUAUAUAAAAACAAACUUAAUUAUAAUUUGCGUGCAAAUUUAGUCAAACUCCAUGUGGGAACUAUUGAAUGGUUUGAUACCGAUUCAAAAGUAACAUUUUACACUGGAUUGCCAAAUUUGAAAAUUUUAUGUUGUUUAUUUAACUUCUUAAAGCCUCUUAUAACUGAAAAUGAGAACUCAGUUUUAUCAUACUUUGAAGAAUUUUCUUUGACGCUUAUGAGAGCAUGCGUUUAAAUCUAUCUAUUAGAGACCUUGCUUAUAAGAAUUGCGUUUAAAUCUAUCUAUUAGAGACCUUGCUUAUAUAUUUGAAACUUCAAAAUCGACCUCAUCAAAAGUAUUUUUAAGAUGGAUUGACAUUAUGUACUUCAGAAUGAAACAUUUAUUUAAAUGGCCUGCUCGCAAUGAGCUUAUAGAAACUAUGCCUUUAUGCUUCAGAAAAUAUUUUGAAACAAAAGUGGCUGUGAUAAUUGAUUGCUUUGAAAUACUCAUAAAUAAACCAUCUAAUUUAUGCGCAAGAGCAGCAACUUGGUCACAGUACAAACUUCACAAUACUGUUAAAUUCUUAAUAGGUGUAAGCCCACAAGAUGUGAUAACAUUUGUUUCUAAAGCUUGGGGAGGAUGUGUUAGCGAUAAAUACCUAACAGAGCGUUGUUCAAUUUUAAAAAACAUUCUUCCUGGAGAUGUUAUUUUAGCUGAUAGAGGUUUUAACAUUUCUGUUAGUGUUGGUUUUUAUUGUGGGGAGCUAAAGAUUCCAGGAUUUACAAAAGGAAAGUUACAACUGACUUGUUCAGAUGUAGAAACAACCCGGAAAAUUGCCUCUGUUCGAGUACACGUUGAGAGAGUUAUUGGAUUGUUACAUAACAAAUAUAAAGUUCUGCAAAGUAUUAUGCCAUUAGAUUACUUAUAUACUAAAGAUUCUGGAUUAUGCACAAUAGACAAAAUUGUUAUUGUUUGUUCUCCUUUGAUAAAUAUAUGUGAUUCAAUUAUUCCUGUGGAAUAAUUUUUUAAAAUUUAACAGGAUUGAAUAAUUAAUUGAA